AUGCUUUUCAAGAACUCAGCCGCGGUGUUCGCCCUGGUUGGCCUCGCCGCUGCGGCCCCGGCCAAGCAGGAGCCCAGACUUCUCCUCCAUGAUGAUGUCAUCCUGCCCCGUGCCGAUGGUGGCUACGACGUGAUGAAGGACUGGGAGUGGUCCGAUAUCGAGCGCCGCAUUGAGAAGGAGACCCGCGAGCGCGCCGUGGACGAGAAGCGCCGUGCCCUGUCCGGGUACACCAUUCCUGCCGGCGCCAAGAUCGGCAGAGAGGAGUCCGACCUCCAGCGUCGCUGCGACGAGAGCAGCGAGGUGCAGGUCCUGACCGAUACCGAGUUCACCAACUGGGACGUCGCCAUGUCGCCCGUCGUCGGUGCCACCGGUGGCCAGGCCACUGUUGCAGUCACCAAGGGUUACUCGAUCACCAACUCUAUCACAGUCGGAACCGGUGCGGACUACACAGUUGAGAAGGACAUCUUGAAGGUCAGCAUGAGUAUCGACUACUCUCACAGUUGGACUACGUCGGACUCGCAGACUUUCACCUACUUCGUCACCCCAGGUCAGUACGGCGUGGUCGUGAGCAACCCCUACACCCGGAGAAUCACUGGCAACUUCGUUACCGGCUGCACCGAUUCUCCCAGCUACGAGCCUUACACCUCCGACACCUACACGGACCAGACCUACACCGGUAUGACCUGGGUCGCAGGCCCCAUCAGGCUGUGCAACAGCACCUCCUACCCCGUUCCCUACUGCGUCGGAACUGGUACCCACACCUAA